AUGGGCAAUUCCAAUGUCCUUGCUGGGAAUCAUCUACAGCAGCCACGUGAUAGCAACAACAAUACAUGUUCCGCCUUUUCUCAGACAAUCCCUUCCUCUCAUUUGGGGCCCAUCCUCAACAUCCUUGCUGGCCUCUUAGAGGAACAAUGCAAACAACUCGUUACCGCCAUGCAUGUCGAUUUCCUUGUAGGAGAUACUUUCCUAAUUCUUUACUAUAUCUAA